CUUCAUGAAAUUAUUUAACCAGAUCAGGUACACUUUGGGAUCAAAACUGGCCAGCAGUCGCUGGUAUCCUCUUGAAAUAAAAGCACAGCUCACUGCUAAGCUAAAUAACAUGUCCCUGGCUGUUGGUUAUCCAGAACGUCUCUUGAACCCAACUGUGAUUAAUUUUUAUUAUGAAGACUAUACAAUAUUCAUCAAAGACUUCUUCCAGAAUCUUCAGGAUUCCAUCCGAAGUGCUGGACGACAAAUGGAAAUGAAGCUCAUAGAUCCACUGCCAGAAUCUGAUUGGAUGGAUGCCUUAUCAGAAGAUUCAGUCACAUAUGUGCACGAAGCAAACAAGAUAGUUAUUCCGCCACACUUGCUCAACCCUCCACUCUUUCACCGCAAUUAUCCAUUGACCAUGCUAUAUGGAAGCCUGGGUGUGCAAAUUGCUCGUGAAAUGCUGCGAGCUGUUGAUGCCGUUGGUCUUGCAUGA